AUGAGCGACUCCAAAUACUUUGCCAAGUGUAAAGCCUCGGAAAUCCGGGCCGAGAUCGACCAGGCGAAAAAGAAGCUGAAGCCUCAUGCUCGCGUUCAAGUUGUGCUCAAGAAGGUGGUCGCCAACAUCAUUCUUGGCAAAAACGAUCUUGCUGUACUUAUGCCUAACAUCAUUGAUCUCAUGACCAUUGACGACUUCCAGAUCCGGAAGCAUGCUUCUUACUUUGUGGUGCAUUAUGCUCCUCUUAACCAGAAAGAUGCACAGGCUGCUUUAUCCUUCUACAGCCGUUUUCUUUCGGAAUCCAACCCGGGCCUCAGAUCGCUCGCUCUCAAAACCGUUUCCUCUGUAAACCUACCAUCGUACUUAACUUUGGGUGUUGCAGCGGCUAAGCAUCUUUUAGCGGAUCCAAGUCCACGCGUGCGUACUACGGCAGCUUUCGCAGUGGCUCGUAUGUUUAUGUUUGACCAGAAAAAAGUCAUGGAAGCAGGCCUUGUUGAUGCAUUAAACGAGCUAUUGUACGAUGAAAACAGUACCGUUGUUGCAAACGCACUCGCAGCAUUAAGUUCUGUCACAGAAACGGGAGCUCUGCUCGGCUUGACCAUCGAUGUGUCUCACUCGCUUGCAUUGGCGCGGAGCUUGAGUGAAGCCAACGAAUGGCGCCAAUGUUAUAUCCUUAAUGCCCUCAUGUCAUUUGUACCACAAACUUCAGAAGAUGCGGCUGCUGUAUUGGAACAAGUGAUUCCAUGUUUGCUGCAUGCCAACCUGGCUGUGGUAUUGAAUGCAGUUAAGGUGAUUGUCUAUUUUAGCAACUACAUACCUGCAGUGGAAAACUCUUUUCAAGGUUUACCGAGGAGGAUCGGCUCCUCACUCAUGUCCUUACUAGGCAAAUCAGCUGAGAUCCAGUUUUUGGUACUCCGCAAUAUCAUCUUGCUUCUUCUAGGUAAACGUUACUUGUUAGACGUGAGUGUGGAGCAGUUUUUUUGGAAGUUCAAUGACCCGAUUUAUAUCAAGGAUACCAAGCUCGAAAUCAUUUACCUUUUGGCAUCAGAAAGCAAUAUCGCCGUUGUAUUCCGUGAACUUGAAGAGUAUGCCACAGAGAUUGACGUUCGUACGGCGAGAAAGGCGAUUCGUGCCUUUGGCAAUCUAGCAGUAAAGUUACCUGUGGCUGUAUCAAAGUGCGUGGAUAUUUUGCUAGAUUUGGUCUCCGAUGAGCUCCCUUACGUUGUACAAGAAGCUUCAGUAGUGUUGAGGAAUAUCUUUCGCAAAUACCCUGGCCAAUUCAAUUUUGCCAUUCCUCAAAUCGUUCGUCACUACAAAAACAUGACUGAAACAGAUGCACGUGUGGCGAUCGUUUGGAUGAUUGGUCAGUUCCCAAAUCAUGUUGAGGAUGCCGAACAUGUCCUCAGCUACUAUGUAUCCAGUUUCCCUACUGAUCCAAUUGAGGUACAGUAUGCCACGAUUACCGCGACUGUAAAAUACUACGUGAAAUAUCCUGCUAAUGGCGAGGCUCUACUUUUAAAGGUGUUGAAAUGGGCUACAGAAGAAUCCGACAACCCUGAUGUACGUGACCGUGGCUUCUUUUACUGGCGGAUGAUCACUAACGAGGCAAAUAAUGGCAAGACAGGUGGGUUCCAAGAAAAAACAAAAGAAAUCAUCAUCGACCCGAAUCCUAUUAUUACUUCUGAAAAUGAGAACAUCGACCCUACGAUUUUGGAGGAGCUAGAAUUGAACAUUGGGACUCUUGCAUCUGUUUACUUAAAGUCUGUUAAACACGUUUUCCGCUUUGCUAAGAAUAAGCAACUUCAGCAAUCGCCAGCGUUGCAAGAAAAAAGAAAGAACGAAGCACCUGCAAGCGAAGCAUCGAACGAACCCAUCGAAGCGCUUGCUCUCUUCAACAAAAAUUAUACAUUUAAGCCUCUCCCUGAGGUGAACAGGAACUCCAGUACCUCUACAUACAUCUCCAAUCGUUCUUCCGACGCAUAUGAUUCGUCGGAGUCUGAGCGGAAGGAAAGCUUCACGAAGAAGAUCACAAGGAGGGCUUCCAACAUGACGCUUAGAAAGAAACAUUAA